ACGACAGGCAAGUAAAAUCUCGAACCUCGAACGGAACCCAUUUAUGUUAUUUAAUCAUUUUGGGGUUUUUUAACUGCACAACGACCACACUUCCCGUUACCCUGGAAACGUAAACACACGGAAGUGCUGGCAGUGAUUUCACCUAGUUGUUUUACAGUAAUAGCCCGUAUACUGCUGUAAAUAAGCCAUUUUGUGAUUGUGCCUGUUUACUCCUGAGCAAAAUGGACUUCAACAAUCUUGGACGCGCAUCAUCUGCAGGCUACCGGUUACCGGUGCAAGCAGUGGCAAAGCAACAAGCGCCUAAAGCGGCUAAAAGUCUGCGCAGUACAAGAGACAGAACGUCCACAACGCGGGAAACUGACGUAAAGGAUCCAGUCAAACAAGACCAAGCGUGGAAAGCAAUAGUAUGGGGCGAAAGGAGAGCAGUACUGGAAUGGGAGAAGAAUUGGAGUUUCCUGAGGAAUUAUGAUCAGAUGGGGGAGCUGAAGCCAGAGGAGCCUUUACCUAACAAUGCGUCACACUUCUCUGACUGUGUCCCCAACACCACAAACCAAAUAUUUGGAAGCAGAUUGUCGACUCCACUGGGACGUGAACUCGUUCGACUGGACAGACUUUUAUCCUCGUCUGCAAGCCAUCACAAGUGCAAACAGGAUCCAGAGAUGAUACAAUGCUAGAUGAGUCACUUGAUAUACAUUAAUGCCCUCACAUGGCACUCAGUUGUAUUUGACUUGCUUUAUGACGUGGCAUAACUCUGCUUGGUGAGCUUUAUUUGUAAUGGCAUCACAAUUAUAACCAUGCAUAAGAAAAUAUGUCAAAUACAUACACUAUACUUGCCUUGUAAACCAUUUAGUGCUAAAUGUGGUUGUUUUGAAAUGUCUUCUUCAGAUGCUCAAGAGCACUCAAUGUUUGACGCCACAAACAAAGUCCUAACUGGAGAUCUUUAAACUAAGUGGAUGGAAUUCAUGAGAAGAAUCCACCAUGGGAGAAUUGUUCUGUAUUGCUGUGCAAGAAUAUGAAUUACCUGUCUGCUAUUUCUCACAGUUAUUCAUUCAUUCACUUACCUUGAGGUUUUAUAAUGUUAUGUGUUUUUCUAGUUUAGAUGUCUGCGCAUAAUUGGUUUGUUUUAUGUCAUUGCUUUGUAAUUCAUUUCACACUUUUGCAAACGAUUGUCCCUUUUCUGCAUUCUAGCUGGAAAAGUGUGUGUCCCCUCGCUACAUUGCUUUGGCAUUGUGAAAGAUAAUAUUGCACGUCAGUCAAUGAAUUUAGCAACAGUGUAAGAAGUUGCAUUGCAUGCGAUAAGCAUACAUGAGGGGCCUCCAAGCUUUUGCAAGAAAAAUGAAAGUCACUUUGAUUCAUUUUGUACAAUAA